AAUGGUCAGGAUUCUAUUGUCUUCAGCUUUGCCAGUUUCCACUGUACAUUUCUCUCAUUCUUCUUGAUAUAAAAUCUGAGUUUCACAGUUUAAAGGUUAGUUCUCUGAGGAGAAAGAAGAAUUUCCUUCCACUCUGCAAAUCAGCAGAUCCAACCAAAAUCUCCCUCUUUUUUUGUCCAACCGAGCUUUGGUUGGCAAUGCUGAAGCAUCAAAAUUCUCUUUUCCUUCUCUCCCUUUUAUGUUUCUGCUUUGUUUUCAUCAGUGAUGCUUCAGUUCAUGAGUACAAUGGAGAGAAAUUCGUCAAUAAAGGCAACGCAUUCGUCGUCCACGGCGGCAGCGAAGGCAUUUAUUCUUCUUUUCCUGACCCCCACAAUGUAACUGCCAUUGGUGGUGACUCUUACGUCCGUUUUGAGAAGAUUACAUUCCAUAGACCCAAAGAAUUUGCAAACUUUAGCUCGCGGUCGAUCCAAGCAAUUGUUUUUGAAGUGGAAGAUAGAAAGCACAUUGGGGGUUCAGCUUAUGGGGGUCAAAGAGCUGUUUGUUGCACAGCAGAUCUUGCAAAACUGGGUGUUUGUUCGGAAGGAGAAGUUAUUCAUCGACCUUCCACACAGAAUCCUGGCUGGCCUAAAGUGUUUGGCGUCUCGUUUAAUGGAGAUGAUGAGGAUGCAACAUUGCCAUCAAAGUCUAUAAAGAUUACUAAAACUGGGAUGUACAACUUGUACUUCAUUCACUGUGAUUUAAAUCUUAAAGAUUUGAUUGUAGAGGGGAAAACUGUAUGGAAAAAUCCUACUGGCUAUCUACCCGGUAGAAUGGCUCCGCUGAUGAAUUUUUACAGUUUCAUGUCCCUUGCUUUUGUGAUCCUUGGAAUCUUUUGGUUCUCGCAGUAUGCAAGAUUUUGGAGAGAGGUUCUUCCUUUGCAAAACUGUGUAACAUUAGUGAUAACGCUUGGCAUGCUUGAGAUGGCUCUUUGGUAUUUUGAUUAUGCUGAAUUCAAUGAGAGUGGAAUCAGGCCCGUUGGGAUCACUAUAUGGGCAGUCACCUUCGGUACUAUUAAACGUACAAUUGCACGGAUUAUUAUUUUGCUGGUUUCCAUGGGAUAUGGUGUUGUGAGACCUACCCUUGGUGGGCUUACUUCAAAGGUAACCAUGCUUGGAGCAACUUUCUUUCUGGCAUCCGAAGUUCUUGAGUUGGUAGAAAAUGUUGGUGCAGUGAGUGAUCUUUCUGGAAAGGCAAGACUAUUUUUGGUUCUUCCUGGUGCAAUCUUAGAUGCCUUCUUCAUUCUUUGGAUAUUUAGUUCUCUCUCUGCAACUUUAACUAAACUUCAGGCUAGAAGGAUGACGGUCAAGCUUGACAUAUACAGGAAGUUCACAAACGCAUUGGCAGUAGCUGUGAUUGUGUCUGUGGGUUGGAUAUGCUACGAGCUUUAUUUCAAGUCAAAUGAUGUUUACAAUGAGCAUUGGCAGAAUGCAUGGAUCAUCCCAGCCUUUUGGCAAGUCUUAUCUUUCUCUCUUCUAUGUGUCAUCUGUGUUCUUUGGGCGCCCUCUCAGAAUUCAAUGCGGUAUGCUUACUCUGAAGAAGCUUAUGAAAAUUUGCACAAAGAUGACACUACUUUGACACUCAUAAAAUCCUCUUCAACACCUUCAAAAGAUUUUAGAACUGCACCACAAGGUGGACCAGUGCAGGGUAGUAAUGGAGCAUCAAAUGGUGAUUUGGAAGAAGACAAGACAGAGUGAUCUAAAAACCCCUGUUGUGAAUCUGGGAUGCUUAGAACUCGGUUCAACAAUUCUGUUUCACUUAAUUUGAGGCCUAGUUAUUCUUGUAACGACGAUCCAGUUUUUCUUUGAAACAUAAUGAUAUCAGGGUGGCAAUCGUUACAGCCAAAAGUCAGCUGUUGAGCUUUUUCUUCGCCUUUUUUUCUUGUACCACAAAGGUCAUAUUGUUUCUUUGUAUUUGUUAAAUUAGUCAUUAAAUUGUUCACCAGUUAAGUUGUUACCAAGAGAACAGACAAUCCGUGCUAUGUCCUUUUUUGAUAUUAAUAUAGUUUGUGACGUGUUAUUUG